AUGGCCAAUAAGUCAUUUCUGGUGUGGCUCCUAGUGGCGCUCCUCUGUCCGCUCGUGUCCGUCCGAUCGCACUCCGUGGAAACUAUCGAUACGAGGAGCGAGGUGGAAGCUGAGUUUGGUGAGGGGGCCGCCGAGGAAGAGGACGCCGGAGGAGAUGAAGAGGUGGCAGUAGUGCAAGAAGAGACCGGCGACGAUGAGGAGUUUGAAGAGGAGGCGGGCCGUGAGGAAACUGUGGAAUCUGUAGAGGAAGAGGAGGAGGCUGGAAGUGAAGAGGGUGAAGAAGAAGAGCAAACAGAGGAGGUGGAUCAUGAAGAAGACAAUGCAGAGGGAGAGGAGGAAACUGCUGCUGACGAUGAUGAUGAUGAUGAUGAUGAUGAUGAUGAUGAUGAUGAGGAGGAGGUUGUGGAAACAGAUGAAGCUGCAGGUGAGAGUGUAGCAGAAGGCGUGGACGAUGAGGAAGAUGGGGAGGAAGAUGAGGGGGAGAGCGAAGAAGAGGUGGAAGCUGCUGCUGCUGAUGAUGAUGACGAGGAGGAGGAGGAGGAAGAAGAAACAGAUAUCGAGAAGGUAGCAGAGCAAGAAGAGGAGGAAGUGGUUGCUGAUGAUGAUGAUGAUGAUGAUGAUGAGGUUGAAGCUGCUGCUGAUGAAGAAGAGGAGGAGGAAGAAGAGGGAGAAGUGGUUGAAGCUGCUGUGGUUGAUGAAGAUGACGAUGAAGAGGAGGAGGAGGAGGAAGUGGUUGAAGCUGCUGAUGAUGACGAAGAUGAGGAGGAGGAAGCUGCUACAGAGGAGGAAAAUACAGAAGCAGCAGUGCAGGAGGAAGAGGAUGAUGAUGAGGAUGAUGAUGAUGAGGAUGAGGUUGAAGCUGUGGAUGAAGCUGACCAAGAGGAAGAGGAGGAAGAUGGAUUUGAGGCGAUGGAUACGGAGAAGCCGGCCAAAGCUCUGGACUUCCACUCAGGAUCAAUAUGUAACGUUUGCACUAUUUGUAAGUUCUGCGCUGAGAACUGUGGCCACUGUCCGUGUGAAGACGGGGACGAGUUGGAGCCCUGUCAGCAGUGUCACGAAUGCACCUCCUGCUACAUCUGCCCACUGUUCUGUGACACCCUUUGCUCGCCAGGAGGCUUUGUGGACGAGAUGUCAGGCUCGCUGGUCCAGACGGUGGCUUCUUACUUUUGA